UAAGCAUCUCCCACAAGUGAGUAGUAGGGUGCUAGCGAGCAACGUGCCCCUGCAAUGGCAGCUACACCGACUCCCACGCUGGUGCUCCUGCCAGAGUGGGGCGCCGGGCACCUCAUGUCCAUGAUCGAGUCCUGCAAGCGCAUACUCCUCGCCGGAGACAGCGCCUUCUCCAUCACGCUACUCGUCAUGCGCCCGCCCACCGCCGAGGCCACCUCCCAAGUCGAGGCGCAUGUCCACCGCGAGGCCGCCUCCGGCCUCGACAUCCGCUUCCAUCGCCUCCCCGCCGUCGAGCCUCCAACCGAUGCGGCGGGAGUCGAGGAGUUCAUCGCGUGGUACAUCCAGCUCCACGCUCCCCACGUCAGGGACGCCAUCGCGGGGAUGUCGUGCCCCGUCGCCGCGCUCGUGCUGGACAUGUUCGCGUCGCCGAUGGUCGACGUGGCCCGCGAGCUCGGCGUGCCGUCCUACGUGUUCGUGUCGUCCACCGGCGCCAUGCUCGCGCUCAUGCUGCACCUGCCCGUUCUGCACGAGGCGGUCACCGUGGAGUUCGACGAGGUGGAAGGGGAGGUGCACGUGCCCGGCCUGCCGCCGAUACCGCCGGAGUGGAUGCCGUGCCCGGUGGUGGACAAGAAGAGCCCCAACUACACGUGGUUCGUGCGCCUGGGCGACCGCUUUAUGGACGCCACGGGCAUCAUCGCGAACACUGCAGACGAGCUCGAGCCGGGGGCACUAGCGGCCAUCGCCGAGGGUCGCUCCGUGCCCGGGCGCCCCGCGCCGCCGGUAUACCCCAUCGGUCCCGUGAUUUCGCUUGGAAGCAAGAAGGACUCUACCGGGCCGCCGCACGAGUGUAUCUCGUGGCUUGAGGCGCAGCCGCCGGCGUCGGUAGUGUUCCUCUGUUUCGGUAGCAUGGGAUGGUUCGAGGCAGCGCAGGUGGUGGAGAUUACCGCCGCGCUGGAGCGGUGCGGCCACCGCUUCCUGUGGGUCCUCCGGGGACCGCCUGCUGCCGAGUCGGGCGCCGGCGCGCCGGACGGAUCGGAGCACCCGACGGACGCGAACCUGGACGAGCUCCUCCCGGAGGGGUUCUUGGAGAGGACCAAGGGCAAGGGCCUCGUGUGGCCGACGUGGGCGCCGCAGAAGGACAUCCUGGCGCAUCCGGCCGUGGGGGGGUUCGUGACGCACGGCGGGUGGAACUCGGUGCUGGAGAGCCUGUGGCACGGCCUGCCCAUGGCGCCCUGGCCUCUGUACGCGGAGCAGCACCUGAACGCGUUCGAGCUCGUCAACGACAUGGGCGUCGCCGUGCCACUGAAGGUGGACCGGAAGCGGGAUAACUUCGUAGAGGCAGCGGAGCUGGAACGAGCGGUGAAAUCCCUGAUGGGCGCCGGCGAGGAGGGGAGCAAGGCGAGGGUGAAGGCCGCGGAGAUGAAGAACGUGUGCCGCGAGGCCGUGCAGGAGGGCGGCUCUUCAGAGGCUGCGUUGAUAAGGCUCUCCGAGGCGCUUCACCAAGGCGCGGUGCUCCCGAAGAUGUGAAAACAUGUCUAUAGUCCUAUAUCUAAGGAGUGCCAAUAAAUGUCAAAUUUUGUGUAGCACCUAAUAUAAGGUAUUUCGAAUUAAAGAUUUGCCACAUUUAUAAAGUACGUACAACAUAACUUUUGGCCA